AUGCCUGGUCUCAACCUUUCAACAAACGUUAGCUUUGACGGUGUUGAUGUAUCUUCCAUACUUUCUCAACUCAACUCAACUCUUGCCAACAUCUUGAAUUACCCUAAAUCUUGGGUGACUGUUUCAUUAGAAGGAUCAAUACCCAUGAGUUUCGGUAACACAGAGGACCCAGCUGCUUAUGGUGAAUUUGUGGCUAUUGGUAUUCUCAAUCCAGAGUUGAACAAGAAACUCAGUGCUGAAAUUGCAUUAGUUCUUCAAACCAUGCUGUCAAUUCCCAAGUCAAGAUUCUUCUUAAAAUUCAAUGAUAUUGAGGGUUAUAAUUGUGGACUUGAUGGCGGUAUCAUGGUGGUAGAAUCCAAAUGA